ACAAUGUGAUUGUGGUGUAUUUAAUAAUUAUACAUAUUUAAUAUUAACGAGAUUUGGUUGCAAAAUAUCCUCAGUAAAUGUUCCGGGACUUACCAGUGUCAUAAAUUAUACAACUUUCGAGCAGUUAAUAUCUACUUAAAAAUAAUAAAUCAGAUAGUCUUAUUUCUAAUCUAAAACAAGUCCAAGAGCCUUCCGAAGUAGGUUGUGACGAACGUUGUAAAAAUGACGCAACAGGACUCUGUGGUUGUGUCGAAAAGCUCUACGCAAAAUGCCGUUCAAGUUGUUGAGAAUGCUGGAGAUUCAUCUCUUCUUUCACCGGCGCCGAACAAAUCGCUUCAGCGGCCAGUAUCAGUCCAAGGCGUGAUGGAGCACGCACUACAGCACCGGGAGCGCGUCGGAGUCCAGGACUUCGUCCUGCUGGAAGACUUCAGAUCCGAGGCCGCCUUUAUCGACAAUCUGAAGAAGCGGUUCCAUGAGAACAUUAUUUAUACUUACAUCGGCAACGUACUGAUCUCCGUGAACCCUUACAAGAACUUGCCGAUCUACACCGAAGAGAAGACCAAGCUUUACUUCCAGAAGGCGUUCUUCGAAGCACCACCCCACGUCUUCGCUAUCGCCGACAAUGCCUACCGUUCGCUGGUUUACGAACAUAGAGAGCAAUGUAUUCUUAUUUCUGGCGAGUCCGGCUCAGGAAAGACGGAAGCGUCCAAAAAGGUCCUCGAAUACAUCGCGGCCAGGACAAACCAUCUCCACAACGUAGAGACAGUGAAAGACAAGCUUCUGCAGACGAACCCACUGCUUGAGGCUUUUGGCAAUGCCAAGACCCACAGGAAUGACAACUCUAGUCGUUUCGGCAAAUACAUGGACAUUCAGUUCAAUUAUGAAGGGGCUCCCGAGGGUGGGCAUAUCCUGAAUUAUCUCCUAGAGAAGUCCCGUGUGGUUAGCCAAAUGGCUGGCGAGAGGAACUUCCAUAUCUUCUAUCAGCUACUGGCUGGUGGCGAUCAGGAGCUGCUGAAGCAUCUGAAGCUCCAGGGUAGACCCGAGACUUACAAAUACACUCCGGAUUCGGCAUCAAACCAGAGUCAAAGGAACACAGACGUGGAGCAGUUCAGGAUCGUACAGGAGGCGAUGAAAGUGAUCGAGAUCGGAGCGAGUGAGCAGCGAGAGAUCUUCGAGAUCAUAGCCAGCGUGCUGCAUCUCGGCAACGUGAAGUUCGUGCAGAACGACAAGGGAUACGCUGAGAUCCUGAGUCAUGAUGCAAACAGCGGGAACACUGCUGAGCUCUUAAAAGUAAACGCGAACAAACUCCGUGAAGCUCUGACCCACCGCACCAUCGAUGCGCGUGGUGACGUUGUCCAAACUCCCUUGGACAUUGAGCAGGCGCAAUACGCGAGAGAUGCCCUCGCCAAAGCCAUCUACGACAAGCACUUCAGCUGGCUGGUGUCGCGCCUCAACGCCUCCCUCACUCCCAAGGAGAAGGACUUGAGAUCCUCAGUCAUCGGUAUCCUCGAUAUCUAUGGAUUUGAGAUUUUCCCUAAGAAUAGUUUCGAGCAGUUCUGCAUAAACUUCUGCAACGAGAAGCUCCAGCAGCUGUUCAUAGAGCUGACCCUGAAGCAGGAGCAGGAGGAGUACCUGCGCGAAGGCAUCGAGUGGGAACCCGUCGAGUACUUCAACAACAUCGUCAUCUGCGAUCUCAUUGAGGCCAAGCAUAAAGGUAUAAUCUCGAUCCUGGACGAUGAGUGCCUCCGCCCUGGAGACGCGACCGACGCCAGCUUCCUGGAGAAACUGACGCAGCACCUUGACGGUCACCAGCACUACAAGUCGCAUCGCAAGGCAGACAUCAAGACGCAGAAGAUCAUGGGCAGGGAUGAGUUCUGCCUGGUCCACUACGCCGGCGAGGUGACGUACAACGUGAACACGUUCCUGGAGAAGAACAACGACCUGCUGUACCGCGACGUGCAGAGCCUCAUGGCCUCCAGCCACAACACCAUCGUCGAGAGCUGCUUCAAGGACAUCAACCUUCGCAGCAAGAAGCGUCCGGAAACCGCCAUUACGCAGUUCAAGAACUCGCUCAACGACCUCAUCAAGAUCCUGAGCAGCAAGGAGCCUUCCUACAUCAGGUGCAUCAAGCCUAAUGACUUCAAGGCUCCCAUGCAAUUCGACGAGAAGCUGAUAUCUCACCAGGUGAAAUACCUCGGGCUCAUGGAGAACCUGCGCGUGCGCCGUGCCGGCUUCGCGUACAGGAGGACCUACGAGGCCUUCCUGGAGAGAUACAAGUGUUUGAGCGCCGAGACUUGGCCCAACUUCCGCGGUCCGGCGAGGGAAGGAGUCCAGAAACUGGUGGAAGCACUUAAAUUCGAAAAAGAGGAAUACAGGAUGGGCAACACCAAAAUCUUCAUCCGCUUCCCGAAGACCCUGUUCGAAACAGAAGACGCGUAUCAGCUGAAGAAGAAUGACAUCGCGACCAUCAUCCAGAGCCGCUGGAGAGGCUACUGGCAGAGGAAGCAGUACCUCAAGAUGCGCAAUGCUGCCAUCGUCAUACAGAAGUGGGUGAGGAGGUUCCUCGCCCAGAAGCUUAGGGAGAGGAGGAAGAAGGCUGCUGAGGUUAUCAGAGCGUUUAUUAAAGGCUUCAUCACCCGUAACGGUCCCGAGACACCCGAAAACCGUCGCUUCCUCGGCAUUGCCAAGGUGCAUUGGCUGAAGCGACUCGCCACCAGGCUGCCGACCAAGGUCCUGGACCUGUCCUGGCCGCCGUGCCCCGCCACGUGCCUGGCGGCGUCGCAGGCGCUACACCGGAUGCACCGCGCCCACCUCGCCAGGAAGUACCGCCUGGCGCUCUCCGAGGAGGACAAGAAGCAGUUCCAGCUGAAGGUGUUGGCUGAGAAGAUGUUUAAGGGCAAGAAGAACAGCUACCAGAGCAGCAUCGCGGAGCGGUUCAGCGACGACCGCAUGACUCCGGAGCACCGCAUCCUCAGGAACACGUUCAUGGCCUCGCCUUCCUGGCCCACCGGCGAGCAGCUCAUGUACUCGUGCGAGGCUGUGAAGUACGACCGGCGCGGGUACAAGCCGCGCGACCGCUCGCUGCUGGCGUCGGACAAGGCGCUGUACGUGCUGGACGCCAGCGGACGCAAGACCUUCAAGCUCAAGCACCGCCUCCCGCUCGACAAGCUGCGCGUCGUCAUCACCAACGAGUCCGACUCGCUGCUGCUCAUCAAGAUACCGCAGGACCUUAAGAAGGACAAGGGUGACCUCAUUAUCUCGGUGACGCAUCUCAUCGAGGCGCUGACCAUCGUCACCGACUAUACCAAGAAGCCAGAGAUCAUCGAAAUCGUCGACACUAGAACCAUUGCCCACAACUUGGUGAACGGCAAGCAGGGCGGCACCAUCGAGGUCACCAAGGGUCCUCAGCCAGCCAUCCAACGUGCCAAGAGCGGCAACCUGCUUGUGGUUGCAUCGCCAUGAAACCAGUAUUGAAGAAUCCUAUAAAACGAAUGUGAACAACGAUGUUUUUACACCUACACACAUUAUUUAAUUGAAUUAGAUUAUGAAUUUGCGAUUUGUAAGUUUCAUAUUUAUUAAAAAUAUAUAGGUAGCAAUCUUAAAACUUUAACCAAUAAAGUUUUAUGAAAAUACUAUUGUCAAACAAAUUAUACAAACAAAUAAUUCUUAUAUAUAAUAUUAUACAUUUUUAUCGAUUAUUAUGUAAUGGAUUGAAGUUAUUUUUUAUUGUUGAGCAAGGCAUGGAAGUGUAAAACGAGUCUGUCUAGUUUUUAUUAAGAUAUUUUUUUUAUCACUUUAACUGUUAUUUCCUAAAAUAGAUGUUAAGAUUUAUAUUAUUUUUAUAUAUUUUAUGUGAUAAUUAAGAGCAAAUUACGUACAAAGUACUUAGAAUUUUUUGUAUGCCAUAAAAUGUUACUAUGACAUGAAUUUUCCUGAUUAUUUUUUGUUCAAAUUGUACUUGUAAAAAUUAAAAAUACUUGUCUAAUUCAUAUUUUAGCUGAAUCGAGGGUGCAUAUUAUGUAAAUUCAUUGAGUUUUAGGAUACCAAUAGGUAUCUUAAAGUUCUUCGUAGAAUUGAACUUAGCACACUAGUGGACCAAUUUUUUUGUGUGAUUUGUCAUAGCAGGUAAAGAAAUAUAGUUAAAUACCUCUCUUACCCAGAAGUUCUGUUUGAAGUCUUGACAUUUGAGGCAAUUUUAUAAUGUAUUCGAAAAUCGUCUAGACUUUAUGUUAUUUUAGUUGACGUCUCUAGGCGUUACAUUCUUUUGGCUGUUGGCUCGAGUUAGAAAUUAAACGCAGCCUCAAUUAUUUCAAGUUUUUAUCACGAAAAAUACGUUAUAAUAUAACCGCAAGACAAAUCAUACACAACCGAAAUUGGAUCCAACAUUUGUGGUGAAAUUUUUAAUUGGCCAUAAAUAUAACGAAUGCAGGCAAAAGUGCCUUACUGUAAGCCAGUUAAUUCGCAGUCAUUUUAUUAAUAAAUAUAUUUGAAAUAUA